AUGUUUCUUUGUUUGUUUCCUCCGCCCGGUGCGGCUGCUCUGCGCCUCGAGCGGGCAAUAGUGAAGCCGCGGCCGCAGCCGCAGACGGAAGUUUUUUUAGGGCCGGCUCCUUCUGCCCGCCGCACGCUCGCAGGGGGCGGUGCGGGACGCAUGCGCUGGCGGGGGUGUCGUCGUCGUCGUCGUGGGCUCGUCCUUCUUUUCUGCGCCGUUGCCGCCCUCUGCCUGUGGGGCGCGGGGGGAGGUGGGGCGGGCCCUUCGGCGGCCGGGGCCGGGGGGGCGCCGUCGCCGGGGACGCCGGGGGGCAGCCGGCGGCGCGCGGGCGCGUUUGACGGGGACAGGGACGUUCUCGUGGUCCCCACGCGGCCGGGCACGUACCUGUGCGAGUACAUGGCGAACGCGACCGCGCUGCCGCAGGGCUGCGUCCAGUCGUGCGGGAACGACGGGCGGGAGGGCGGCGGCGAUUUUAGCUGCUACGUGCGCUCGAGGCACAGCGCGGGGGCGUGGCGGCGCGCGGACAUCGCAAUCAACCACAACGGGCCCGUUCCGGCGCGCCCCUCGCGUGGGCGGCCGCCGCACCUCACCCUCUUCUACACGGGGGAGAGCAACCACACGGACAGGAAGCGAGGCACCGAGGCCUACCAGCGCCUGUACGACGUCGUGGUCUCCUUCCACCGCCACCGGCCCUACUACUUCACAUGGGCCCACCGCCAGCAGCCCCACUUCCUGCAACUUAUUCGCGACAACAGCAAGUCGCUUGCCCCCGGCGACGGCGCCGACUGGGCGAGCUGGCGGCAACGCCACUCCGCCGUGGCGGUGUUUGUGUCCCGCUGCAAGGCGCGCCGCGCAGAUUUCAUUCGCCGCCUGGCGAGGCAUUAUCCGGUCCACAGUUUCGGCGCCUGCGCCCGAAAUCGCCAGUUGCCGGCGGAGUGCGCCCGCCUUGCCGGGCGCUACCCUCAGAAGUUGUGCGUUUUCCGGCGGUACAAGUACGCCAUGGCGCUGGAGAACUCGAGGGAGGCGGACUACGUGACGGAGAAGGUGUACCACGCCCUCCUGAGCGGGGCGGUUCCCCUGUACUGGGGGGCGCCGAACGUGGCGGAGUUCGUCCCGGCGGGCCGCGGCAGCAUUGUGGAGGUGGAGGAGUUCCUUCCCGGGCAGCUGGGCGACGGCGCGGCGGCGGAUGCGGAGGAUGCCUUCCGCGGGUUUGCGGAGCACCUGCGGCGGCUGGAGGGCGACGCGGCGUCGGUCCGGCGUCUGUUGCAGUGGCGCCGGGCCCGGCAGGCGGCGGAGUGGGGCGAGGACUUCCUGGGAAACAUGUAUCACCCCGACCCGUUGUGCGCCCUGUGCGCCGAGGCCCGCCUCAGGCGGAGGAAAAUUGGUGGGAGGAGCUGA